CGCAACAGAAAGGAAAGCAGCGCUCGAGCUCUCAAUCACCCGUUUCCACCCCGCAUCGAUCAACAGCCGUCGGCGGGGAGAGAGAAAGAGAGAGAGAGAGAGAGAGAGAGAGAGAGAGAGAGAGAGAGAGAGAGGAAGAGAGAAAAAGAGAGAGAACGGAGGGGGGGAGACAGGGGAGAAAGAGAUUUGCAGCUGCCGCAGUGAGCUCGCGACUAACACGGCGGCUUUCCAGCGUUCGUCUGUCCCGACCUGACGACGCACCGAUCACCCAGCAGCCUACAUCUAAUCAGCACCGGAGCUCGUGCUUGUCUUCUCCACGCGACGGGGAACGAGACAGACAGGGACGGAGUGAGCGAGCGAGCGACUGAGUCGGGGGGAGCUCUCAAGAGCGGGGAAGAGAGGUGCCGACCCUUCCUCGCGCACAUUUCGGAUAGGAGUCUGGCGUCUGCGGUGAAGGACUAGUGAGGGGUGAACACUCCAAAAUCAACAGAACAGAGUUACUACCUGGGUCCUCUAGAGGGGGGCUGGCCACACAGGUGCCUGAGGAAAAAUGAUGCAGGUGUGGACACUCUUCACUCCUCCACCACCAGAGGGUGCUGUUGACACCUGCCCUGAGCCCGCUCUAUCGUCUAGGACUUCAGACGGUCACAUCCUAAACCUUUGGCUCUGUCCUAAGCCAAGACUUCAGGCAGCUGAGUUCUAAGCCACAGGUGGUGGCGUGCCAAACAGCAGCUGGCUGUAUCCUUCUCCAGGACUUCAAGAAUCUCCGGGUUCAUUGAAUUCAAAAUGGAAUUUUAGAACCUCACAUUGUUACGGAAUAGAAUCUUGGGUUAGAAUGUUCAAAAGUGCCCUGCUGAGGGUUUAGAGACCAUGUGACCGCUCCACAGAGAGACCACACAAUGACCACCCUGCAGAGAGGCCCACUGGAGCAACACUCCGGAGUCGCUCGCGUCACGCCUGAACCCGACAGCCGACUCACAGGAGCAUGACCCUGACGCCGCGCAGUGGAGGCACACACAGGAAGUGACACAGGAAGUGACCCCAUUGGUCCGUCAGCUAAAUCCUUCCCCUCACGGAGCUGCGACUCGGGGGACGUUUUUCACCUGACCAGCCAAGUGUGUGUGUGUGACGCUGCCACCAGGUCCUGGGUCGCCAAGGCAACACCUCGCCAUGCAUCCCACGGGCCCUGUGGAGGGCACGAGGUCGUUUCCACGGCGAUCGCCGGCCGGCACGCAGGCGGAGAGGAGGCGGAGCCUGUUGAGCUGGUGGGCGUCGGCCGGGGCGGUGGCGCUGGUGCUUGCGUUGUCGUGGACGCCGGGUUGCCGCGGCGACUGCUGGCUGAUCGAGGGGGAGAAGGGCUUCGUGUGGCUGGCCAUCUGCAGCCAGAACCAGCCGCCGUUCGAGUCCAUCCCGUUGCACAUCAACAGCACCAUCGUGGACCUGCGGCUCAACGAGAACAAGAUCCGCUCCGUCCUGUACGCCUCGCUCAGCCGCUUCGCCAACCUCACCUACCUCAACCUCACCAAGAACGACAUCUCCUACGUGGAGGAUGGGGCCUUCUCAGCGCUCUUUAACCUGCAGGUGCUGCAGAUGGGCUUUAACCGGCUGCGUAACCUGACGGAGGCCAUGCUGCGGGGCCUGGGGAAGCUGCAGUACCUGUACCUGCAGGCCAACCUCAUCGAGUCCGUCAGCGCCAACGCCUUCUGGGAAUGCCUGGAUCUAGAGAAUGUGGACCUGUCCAUGAACCGCCUGCAGGUACUGGACGGCGGCACGUUCCAUGGGCUGCCCAAGCUGAGCACGUGCGAGGUCUACUCUAACCCGUUCAGCUGCACCUGCGAGCUCCUGGGCUUCCUGCGUUGGCUGGCCAACUUCCCCAACCGCACGCGCGAGCGCAUGGCCUGCGACUCUCCGCCCGGUUUCCACGGCUACAGCCUGCUCAGCCAGAACCCGCGCAUGCCCACCUACCGGAACGCCUUCCACGCUCUCAAGACGGUCUGCACGGACGACCCCCGCAGCGGCGGACCCGGCGCCAACACCUACCUGUUCGGACCCGGUGGGGUCGGGGGAGUGGCCGGGGGAGGAGGGAUUCCCGGCGGCGGCCAAUCGCGUUGCGAGGAGUGCGCUUCGGGGUCCCCGCCUCCUCCGGACGAGCCAAUCAGCACGAGUCGCGUGAACCUGGGUCCGGGGCUGGUGGGAGGCGGCGGAUCUGGCUCCGGGCCAGUGAUGACCCUGAAGGACCUGAGCACGACGCUGCAAGGCCACACGGCCGUGGUCUCGGUCCACAUCCCCGACCCGUUCCGCAAGAUGUACGUGCUGGUGCAGUACAACAACAGCUUCUACACCGACAUCCAGCCGCUGAAGCUGCCGCGCGAGGAGCUGGAGCUGUCGCGCCUGCGGCCGCACACCGACUACACCUACUGCGUGGUGUCCGUGCGCAACGCGCUGCGCUUCAACGAGACGUGCCUGACCAUCCCCACGGGGCCCCGCGCGGUGCGCGAGCGUCUGCCCGGCGAGUCCAACGCCACGCACUACAUCAUGACGUUGCUGGGCACGCUGUUCGGAAUGCUGCUGGCGCUCGGCGCCGCCUGGCACUGCGUGCGGAGGAAGAGGAGGGAGGAGGAGCGCAGCCGCAAGCUCAGCCAGAUGAAGAGGAGUCUGAUGGAGCUGCGCUACGGGGGCCAGGCCGAGGGCGCGGUCGGGGGCGGACCCGGGGGAGGAGACGACAGGGGGUCCGUGCACAGGAUGCCCCCCAUGGAGGCGUACCAGCUGCAGCUGCAGGAGGUGAUGAUGGACACGCCCCUCAGGGGAGGAGGGCCCUCUGGCGCCCCCAAGGGGAACUACAUGGAGGUGCGUCGGGAGGAGCCCAUUCCGGCGUCGCAGCUGUGCGACCCCGAGCAGGAGCGGGGGGGGGCGCCGACGACGACGGACAUCCUGGGGCCGGAGGACGUCGGAGCGCAGGGUUCCGUGGCGGAGAUCUCCACCAUCGCCAAGGAGGUGGACAAGGUCAACCAGAUCAUCACCAACUGCAUCGACGCGCUCAAGUCAGAGUCCACGUCCUUCCAGGCGCCGCCGCCCCCCGGGCUCGUCUCCAUGGCGACCGGCGGCGACCCUCAGCUGGUGAUGUCGACGACCUCGACGUCCACGGGGUCGGACCGACGCUGCUCCCCGUCGUCCCUUAGCGGACGCGCAGGCGUCUUCCUGUCUCCCGCCUACAAGGGCCGAAGCCCCGCCUCCCGUCCCGCCCUCCAGCGACACCACAGCGUGGAGGCCCCUCCCAUGAAGCGUGGCUCCGCCUCCUCCGGAGGUUCCCUGCGCUCGCCCCGCUCGCUGCGCUCGGUUGCCACGGUGACACCCGCCACGGUCAUCAUGCGCGCCUCUGAGGCUGAGCGCCUCCACGCCGAACACCACCGCCACUCCUACCCCGGCCCCGCCCACUCCCCGCCUCUUCGCUCCGCCCCUCUCCCGCUUGACCCCUCCCACCAGCGCGGCCGCCCCGCAAUCCUGGAGCCGCUAUCGAUACCACGGCAGCGUGAGCUCGCCUAUUCCCAGCUGUCACCGGAUGACUACCCGGAUUAUCAGGAGCCCUACCAGGAGGAGUUCCAGGACUAUCCAGAUGGGGGCAGCAGUGAGGGGUCCAGCAGCCCGGAGAUGUCCUGUGGCGGCGCGCUGGGCCUGUGGGAACGAUUCCGCUUCCACCGCAAGCGCCAGCGGCACCACCAGGGCGGCGACGAGUACCUGGCCGCGGGCCAUGCCCUCCGCCGCAAGGUGCAGUUCGCCCGCGACGAGGACCUCCACGACAUCCUGGACUACUGGAAGGGCGUCUCCGCCCAGCAGAAGGCCUGAGGGGGGAGUGUGCACACACACAUGUGCCCCCCCCCCCCACACACACACACACACAAACACACACAGACAAUCUUUGUUCGAGAGGAGGAUUUCUGCGACAUCCUCUUCAAGGACCACUUCAAGAGGGUGUCUGGCCAGAAGGCCUGAGAUGAAACACAUAUAUUUAAACACACCCACGCUUACACACACACACACACACACACACACACAUACACAUUUACACAAACACA